GGGGGGUUGGGGAAAGAAUGUGUUGUUUUCAGGAAUAACUGCUCUGUAAAUCAAGUGCCAGCUAAUUACCCCCUGGGUCCCAGGCUUUCACUGGGGCCUUCUAAAACACACACAACUAAAGAGAAGGCAGGACACCAUUAGCACUACAUAAUUCGAGCAAACAGUAAAUGUGUUUACCCUGCCUGGCUCCUGACCACCUGCCUUUCCAUCCCACAAGGCAGGUAUCUAUAUAUAGGCUCUCCUUGUUUGUUCCUGCAGAGAGUGAACCUUUCCUUUAGACCUCACCAUCUGCGAAUCUGAGAGAAGCUUGGGCCCUCCCAGCAUGGGUCUCCUCUUCCUUCGGCUGCUGGUGCUCCUGCCUCUAGGGAAGGCUGCGCCGCACCGGGAUGGCCGCCAGAGUCAGACUUCUGUUUCCCCCGCCCUCCUAGAAAGGAGUCACAGAGAGCUCCCCGUGGGCAACCACGAGGAAGCUGAGGAGAAGCCGGAUCUUUUCGUGGCAGUGCCACACCUGAUAGGUGCCGGGGAAGGCCAGAGGCAGAGGGAGAAGAUGCUGUCCAGGUUUGGCAGGUUCUGGAAGAAGCCCGAGCGAGAAGCGCCCCCAUCCCGGGACUCGGUCAGUGGGCCCUUCCUUUCUGGGACCCAGGCCCUCGCCCAGCCCAGAGACGGGAUGCAAAUGGAGAAAUCUCCUCUUCGGGAAGAAGCCAAGAGAUUCUGGCACCACUUCAUGUUCAGAACGGGCCCAGCUUCUCAGGGGAUCAUCCUGCCCAUCAAAAGCCAUGAAGUACAUCAGGAGACGUGUAGGACAGUGCCCUUCAGCCAGACGAUCACCCAUGAAGACUGUGAGAAAGUAGUCAUACAGAACAACCUCUGCUUUGGGAAAUGUGGGUCUGUUCGUUUUCCUGGAGCUGAGCAGCACCCCCACACGUUCUGUUCCCACUGCUCGCCUGCCAAGUUCACCACGAUGCACUUGCAGCUGAACUGCACUGGCCUUUCCCCCGUGGUCAAGGUGGUGAUGCUGGUGGAGGAGUGCCAGUGCAAGACGAAGACCGAGCAUGAGCAUGAACCCCUCCUCCAGGCAGGCUCCCAGGCGGAGUUCCAUGCGCAGGAUCCCUUCAUCCCAGGAUUUUCCACUUAAAAAGAGACCCCACUAGGACCUUUGAAAAGCAAAACCACAAUAGUAAAGGUGCUGGUUAUUCAGUUUGCAACUGGUUAGUGGGUGCAUACUAUUUUAAGGGAAAGGAGGUGUAAAAAGUAGUGCGAUAGAACAAUCUCGAGGAACUGGUAUUCAUCUAGGUAUUGGUACCUAUUCGGGUUCUCGUCUUGGCUCUGCCACGCUGGCAGGAGGGUGUUAAGGACUUGUAGAAGCUUUCUGCACCUUGAGGGCUUCAUCUCUAUAUGACGGACUUGAACCGUCCAUUCAAGAGGUUUGCCAGAGGCCUUUCCUCUACUGAGAGUCCAUGAUCUUGUGUCUUCCAGUUCUGGUGAAAGCCCUCCAUCCGAAGUAGGAAAAGAAAGAAGGUUGACCAUAAAAACUGGCUUCUUGAAUAGCUUGUCAAAGUACCACCAGAAACAUGUACGUAGUGUUUGUGGGAAGGAUUCUUCAUACUUGUAGGCAGAUUUUGCAUCUCAGACGGUGUUUUAUUUGUCUUCUUCUAUCAAAUGCAUAUUUUAGUUCCAUAGAUUUAAGGAGUAGCUUGCUUGGCUGCCUCUUUAUUUUCCAUACUCCCCAUACAAAGUUCUUAAUGUCAGGUCUCUGGCUUUGAAGAAGGGAGAGCAAUGUUUAGUGGUUUACGUAGGGACAUGGAACAAUCAUUGGUAGCUAUGCAAGUACCUAAAUUACGGGGAAAUAAAAAUAUACAACCAGUACCAGGCUUAAAGGUCAAUCCAGAGAUGCUAAUGAAAGUAACCAAGGAAUUCCAGUAGACGGCAAAUUAAAUAAACGGCAAAGGAUUAAAAAUGGAAACAGUUUACUGGUGAAAUCCUUUAUCCACAUGCAUUUAGGAUUAGGUAGUAAGUUAAAGUUCUGUGUCUGGAUGACUGGUUUUUUUGUUUUGUUUUGUUUUGUUUUGUUUUUGGGGGGUUUUUGCUGCUGUAUAAAAACUUCAUGUUAUAAAUUUUGUUCUGUAAAUGCCACACUUGCAAUUUCUGAAAAUAUUCUGAGUAUUUUGAUGUAUUAAAUUUUAGUGUGUGAAGCA